GAUUGCCAUAGUUGUUGGUAAUAUAUGAUGGAAAACAACACUGCUUUGAAAUGCCUAAAUCCUGAUUGGUACAAAACCCCAGAAGGAGAAUUAAUUGUACAACAACUUUAUUGUCCAAACAGCAAUAAAAUUCUGAAGCAUUUUGGAAUACUAGAACAUCCAAGUAUUGCACCAGGAACCCGGGAAAUUGUAUUCAAAAUUGGAGUGCUGGGUAAAGCUGGAAGUGGAAAGACGAAAACCAUAUCUGUUUUGUCAGGAAAACCAACAGUUUUCCCUGGUUAUAUUGAAACUAUAGGAAUCCAUGUUAAAAAUAUUUAUUGGCCAGCACAAAUACAGGGGAAAAUUUCUUUAUUUAAAUUACAGUUCUGGGAAUCUGGAGAAUCUUGUUCUAAGAGAUACAACUAUAUUUCAACAGCAUGUCUGGAGAAAACUGAUGCAGUGGCCAUAGUUGUAAAUAGGGCUGAUAGAACAUCUUUGGACUAUGCAGAUGGUAAACUAGACUCCUUGACCCAUUCAGCUGUAGUAUUGUUUGUGAUGGACACUGAUCAUGAUGUCCAGGUUAAUGAUCAGGAGCUAAGCCAAUAUGCUAGAAGAAGAAGGCUUCCAUUCUUUCAUCUCCCCCCUCAUACUCUAGAUUUGAAAUAUUUAGCACCAUUUUAUAACUCCUUGUGUGAUUUUGUGUUUUCAAAUCAACACAAGGUUAUUUCAGAUUGUUUAUAAACCAAGUUUAGGUGUCUAAUUUUUUUGGUCCACAAUUAAUAAAGGAAACAACAGA